AUGAAGAAAUGGAACAUAUUUAGUUCUUCAAGAAGAUGUCUUUUAUUAUUUUUUCGAAAAAACGGGGUUUUUAUAGAAAGGAAACUUUUUUUUUCAAAGAAUAAAGGACUACUUCCUCCGUUCUUUGCUAGGUUUAUUUCCUUAUCUCCUAAAAUUAAAUCAUCAGUUGAAUCUACAUCAUUAAUUACUACGCCAUUUAAAAAAUUUCUAUCUGAACCUUCUUUUUAUGCUGUUAUACAUAUAUAUGGCCGAUCUUUUAUUGUUACAGAAGGGGAUGUUGUUACACUUCCUCAAAGAUUGUGUGAUGUUAAGCCUGGUGAUAUAAUUAGGUUAAAUUCUAUCUCUAAAUUGGGGUCAAGAAAUUAUACAUUAAAAGGUCAACCGUAUAUAGAUGAGAAACUUUAUACAUGUAGAGCUAGAGUUUUGGAAUUAACAAAGGCACCCAUGUCAUAUUUUAUAAAAAAGAAGCGUAGACAAAGACGUAUAAAAGUUGUAAAAAGCAAACAAGAUUAUACAGUAUUAAGAAUUUGUGAGAUUACAAUACAUGAUAUACAUAAAUAG